CGCGUGGCGACGCGCAUCAGUCGCGUUAUUGCUGGUGUUCGUGUUUUUAUACGAGACGUCUCGAAGUUUUUCCGCGGAACCAAAGAGGCAGUUUGACAGACAGCGUCCCCCCUGCAGCGUCCCCCCUGCAGCGUCCCCCGGGUUGGAACGGACUGUCGUUUAUUGAGACACACAGAAAAAGCAGCCAUGUUCCACAACAGCUCGCAGAGGAAGUACUGGAUCUUCAGCAGUGAAGACGAAGUGGAGCAGAUGAGAUACAAGGCCAAUCAGAAAUUCCGGAACAAGAUAGCAGAAAGCGGGAAGCCCGGGGUGAGUGAGUCCACCUUCCUGGAGCGUCAUGAGGAAGAUGUCUUAUUCAGACACUAUGAGAGGAGACUGCUGGACUUCUGCAACGCCUUCAAGCCUGUGAUGCCCAAGUCCGUGGUGGGUACAGCCAUCAUGUACUUCAGAAGGUUCUACCUGAGCAACUCCAUCAUGGAGUACCACCCCAGGAUUAUCAUGCUGACGUGUGCGUACCUGUCCUGUAAAGUGGACGAGUUCAACGUGUCCAGCACCCAGUUUGUGGGCAACCUUCUGCAGGAGAGCCCAGCAGGGCAGGAGAGGGUUCUGGAGCAGAUCCUGGAGUAUGAGCUGCUGCUUAUCCAACAACUCAACUUUCACCUGGUGGUCCACAACCCCUACAGACCCAUGGAGGGCCUGCUCAUCGACCUCAAGACAAGAUACCCUACGCUGGAGAACCCAGAGUCACUGAGGAAGAGCGCUGACGACUUUCUGACACAGGCGGCCAUGACAGACGCAGGACUGCUGUUUCCUCCCUCUCAGAUCGCUCUGACAGCUAUUCUCAACAGCGCAUCAAGAGCCAGCCUCAGCAUGGAGAGCUACCUGACUGAAUGUUUGGGGCUGAAAGGGGACAAAGAGACUCUCUCGAAGAUGUAUGACUCAAUGAGACGGAUGAAAACCCUCCUAAAGAAGUAUGAACUCCCCAAAGCGGAGGAGGUGAACGUUUACAAACAGAAGUUGGAGAGGAUUCAUGCUGAAUUUUCCACUUCAAGCAACAAACGAAAGAGAGGAUAUGAAGAAGAUGGUCACGUAGCAAAAGAACCACGCAUAACAGAAGAGGAAUGGACUGAUGAAGACCUGGUAUGAGCAUUUGCCCCCAAAUGAUUUUUGAUUCAAACAGAGUUUUAAGAUAUACUACUUAAUUACAAUGUUGAGCCAUCAAAGUUAAAUGACCAAGCCUUUACAGAAGCGGCAAAGACAGUUUGCAUAAAUGUACAUGUCAUAUUUACUUUUCUACAAGAUGUUGUAGUAACUUGGGUUUGCCUUUGUUCUGCAGUAAGAAUAAAGAUAUUUUUCUACA